AUGAAAACUAGUGGAAGAUCUCAUUCUAAAGGCCCAAUCUUAAGAUCAGUGUCUCUAGAAGAUCUAAAGAGGAACUCUAGUUUCAAAAACACUCUAAAGUAUACAGAUGAAGUUUCUCCACUCAAAGAACCAAAAGUGGGCACAUUGAGCAAUGAAGAACUUCUUAAAGAUUUGGACAACAUGUUGCGCAAUAAGCUGAAUAUCGGAAGAAGCACCUUUCAUGCCGAUAAAAGAAACAAAUCAGAUGGUAAUAUCAGCGCCUUGAAUUUCAAGGCAAAAUCAGGUCUUGAAGGAGAUAUUCAGACCAUAGAUAUACAGCAAGAUGAUGAAGAUGGUGAUGAUAGUAGAGAUGACACUGAUAAUUUCAAACUGAAUGAUAAUAGCGCUAAUAAUGGUGAAGAUGGAGAGAAAGGUGGUAACACUGACAAUGCUAUUGAAUUUCAAGAUGACGCUGAAGAAGCUGAAGAAGAGAAUGAAGAUGAAUCAUUUGCUAAUGUUGAUGAACUCGAUGGCUUUGAUUUAAAUAAGGUCGCAGAUGGUAAACAUGCUCCUGUCAAUGAAAAGGGUGAAGUUGACUAUAAUAUGCCGGUCGAUAAAGAAUUUCAGAAGUCACUGGAUCAAUGUGCGGCUUCACUUGAAGGAAGGGCAAAUGCUCCCUAUGCUUUGCAGAGAGCGGUGGAUUGGGAAUUGAGGAUGUUUUACUCUUUGGAACAAGAACUUUCUGACUGGUUUUGUAGCUCCGACUAUAUACAUUUUGGGCAGGCACAGACACAGUUUAAACAGAAAGUAAAAGAUCCACAACUCUUUUUUGAUAACGAAACCUAUGCCGCAAGUGCAGUUGAACGUUUAGUUGAGGAUAUUUCUAACUCUUUAACAUCGAAUUUACUAGCAUUGACAUACAUAUCUAUGGGGUGCUUUGCAUACAUAAGUAACAAAAAUGAGCAUGAAAAAGUUAUACGACGUAACAAUUUAAUGUUUGUUCCUCAUGUUGAAAAAAUUGUUCAUGUCUUCAAAAAGAUUGCUAUAAGCUGUAGGGAUGACGACAAAAAUUUGAAAAAGCAAACGAUUUUGCUGUUUCACUCAUCAACAAUCCUGUAUUUCAUUACCGGCAUUUGUAUUAGCGGUAAAGACGAAAAUUCAGAGGCUGUCGAUCUUGUUGUUGAUGCUUUUGACAAAGCUAACUUGCUGGUGUUUUUAACAAGAUACAUUGAAAGUUGGAGAUGGAAUAGUAGACUAUCUAUGCGUAUAAGAAACAUGAUUUUGUUGCUUUUCAAGCUAAUAGUGCUACAGUUUGGUGACGAUUCAGUGUACAAAGAAACCAAAUCGUCUAUCUAUAAAAUUCAUGGAUUGGUUUAUCCAUCAAAAUAUCCAAAAAAGUUAUCCAUUUCUCCAUUACAUUAUCAAGCAUUUAGAGAAGAUAUAACGUCUCGUUUUCCUGAUUAUAACAUGCCAACUUCUGACCUACCAAAAGAUGUGGACAAAUCGGAGUCUUUGUCUCAAUUCUUAGAAAUUCCCCGUCCAAAAUCGAAAAAUCCCUUGAAUAUGACGUUGAAUGUUCCUGAGAAGCACAUUGCUACACCAGCACCUUCACCACCGAGCUCUCCACAGUUAAUGCAUUUAGGUGAAGGUCCUAGACCCAGGAAAUCUUUCCAGACGAACAUGGCGUAUCCAUGUCUGUAUCCAUCUGAUGAUGAAGAGCCUGAGGAUGAUACUCUGGAGGAUAGAAUGGAUCUUAAUUUUGGCAAAAAACUUGAUAAUGACAUUGUUAUUCCGUUCAGUACUGAAGAAGCGGCCAAAAUAUUGAGUGAGAAUUUAAAAGUAAAAUUGGGUACUAAACAACUUUGGUAUGAGAGAGAUUUAUUCAUGAUAACGGAGCGCGGCUGGAAGCAGCAGUCAGAAAAGGAACCAUAUGAUUACUCUACUUUCAAUCAUGAUGAUGAGCUUUCUAAAAAAGAGAGGGAUGCGGUUUUGAUCAUGCAAAGAAUUGAUAAAUAUUACAAAAGUUGCCUUUCGAGCUUCAAUUCGCUUGUUUUUGUUUUGCUACAAACAAUGGAAUCAAGUUUGACAAAUAAUUUCCACAGGAAAACUGAAGUUAUCGAUAAAAAUCUUUUAAAUAUGUUGGCACCACAAUUGGAGGUGGUCAGGGCCAAGGAAUUGUCCUUAAAAUCAGCAGCUGGAAUAUUACACGCAUUAUUAAAGUGGUUCAAACUAAGUCACAUUUUGAAGUUUGAGCAUCUAGCAGUGGUUAUUCACGAUUCACGAUACAUUAACACAUGUGCCUCUAUUUUAAGCAAGUAUUCUGAAAUUUAUUCCGAGAGAAUUUUCAAUAAGUAUGUGCGAACUUCUAGUUCAUUUUGGAGAGAGUGUUCCUUGUCUAACAAAAACUACCGUGAAUCAUAUUCAAUAGAUGACUCAAAGGAGAUCGACACAGAAGUACUGCCCUCUUUUGCAUAUCUUUUAAGAAUCUUGAGGAAAAUCACGGGAAAUAAAACACAAAGAUUAAAGGAACUGCCUCUGUCCAUUGGUAUUUUAUUCAAACGCUAUUAUCGACUCUACAAUCUUGAUAUGUAUCACCCAAUUUUGAAGAUUACGAGAGAACUCACACCAUUCAAAAAUAAGAGAUGGAAAUCAGAGCACAUGGAAUUGAUAUCAGGUGUUUAUCUCUACGAAAAAUUGGAGUUAACUGAUAACUGGGUGACAGGCAAGGAUAUCUCCGGAGAGUUGAGUGAUGCUUGUGGACAAGAAAUUGCACUCAGGGCCCUGCUUCAAUUUUACAAUUUUCAGCAUUAUGAAACUUCUAUGGAAGAUCUCGGGUAUGGACACCGUAACAGUUCCAGUCAGGAUUUGUUAAACAAGGAAUCCGAGUACUUGAACAUUUAA